UGAACUUUAGAAUAAAAUGUAUGAAAGCCUAUCGUUUAUGGUUUCAGAGAAAAUGUAUGGUCGUAUUUCGUGAAGACGAGUCUCGAGAAUUUACGAAUUGCCCUAUCGAUGAGCCCCGAGGGAGAUUUAUUGAGGACGAGAUGUCGCAGUUACCCUGGAUUGGUGAACAGUACCACCAUAGAUUGGAUGUUCCCUUGGCCUGAACAGGCUUUGGUAGCAGUGGCUAACGUCACUCUCAGAGAUAAUCCGAACGUGCCACAAGAUUACAGAGAAGUGAUAGUAGAGCACAUGGUGUUCGUGCAUAAAACUGUCUGCGACUAUACAGUGGAAUUUCAACUAAAACUGCGAAGAAGAAACUACGUAACACCUAAACAUUACCUAGACUUUAUGACCACGUACCUGGCACUUUUAGUGGACACAAAGCAUUACAUAAAUUCGCAGUGCGAUCGACUUUCUGGAGGUUUUCUAUUUGAAAACAUUUUUUUAAGUAUCAUAAUUAGACUGUGAACUUUAUGCAUUAUAAGGAAAUUCAAUAUACAGAAAAUACAUACAAACUUUAGGAUUGUGCGAGUACCCGAUAUAUCGAGUAGCACGAUCCUCAAGUGAGAACUUGGCACAUCCAAAUCUUUGGGCAGUCGAGCAUUGGAGUCAAGCCAAAAUAUUGAGCAAACACAGAAUAUUAAAAGCAGACAGCAUAUUACAGUGUUUGAAAUAUAAAAUAAAUGUCUGUUUAUAACAAAUUUUUAA